UUUCUCUGAUUUAGGUUUUUGAGGCGGCGACCAUCUAUAUUCACUUUUGUAUAUAUAUAAUCACUCUUUUUGGUUUAUUAUUAGUAUUAUUUUCUCAAAUCAAAAUUUGUUAUACACACCAGUCUGCAAGAUUUAUUUGUUUCAGUUUGGGGAAUUGAUUCGAUCAAGAAUUUGAUGCUACUGAGAUCACCAAUAGAAGCAGAAUGAGUUUUCCAGAUCCGGCACAGCCACCAAAUCCAUUCGUAUCUCCACCGUAUUCCGGCGGCGACGCCGCCACAUACUGGCCGCAGUUCUGGGCCGGCUCCGACCAGCACCAAAUGCAGCAACAUCCCGAUAUGAUGCAUCAAUUCCACCAAUCUAAGAAGCCAAGAACUUCCGAAAAGGCACCAAAUUUCCCACCAUUCCAACCAAUGAAUCAAAGAAUCAACCAAACAAACCCUCCCAUCAUCAACAAAGGGACAAGCAACAUAUUCUACAAAACUCGAAUUUGUGCCAAAUUCACGGAGGGAACUUGCAGGAACGGUGAGCAAUGCACAUUCGCUCACGGCCCUGAUGAUCUGCGAGAGCCGCCCCCGAAUUGGCAGGAGAUAAUCAGGGAGAAGGAGAGGGGAAAUGGCGGUGGCGGUUGGGGAGAUGAUCAGAGGAUGAUACAUAGGAUGAAGAUAUGCAAGAAGUAUUACAAUGGGGAGGAGUGUCCUUAUGGGGACAAAUGCAAUUUCUUGCACGACCGCCCCUCGCCCUCCUUGAAUAAGCUCAAGGUUGAGAUGCCGGGGCAGAGGGAGAGCUCGGCUAUCAGCAUUGGCGUGACAGGGGACGUUAGGGGGAAUGCCGGUGAGCUUGAUCAGGCGUCCGGGUGGAAGAUGAAGAUCUGUAGUAGAUGGGAGAUGGGGCUGUGUAACUAUGGUGAAAGAUGCCAUUUUGCUCAUGGUAACUCAGAUUUGAGAUUUAGUGGUUCAAUCAAUGAGGGAGAGAUUGCAGCCACUACAAAUGCAGUUUCUGCACCAGGGAAAGUUGCCUCCGUUUCUGCAUUUCCGGCAAUGGAGGCAGCUGCUGCUCCGGUGGCCGGAGAGAAGAGGAUAUCGAAGUGGAAUGCGAAGAAGAAGAUCAACCGCAUUUACGCGGAUUGGCUCGACGAUCUGACGCCGCCGCACCUCUCCCCGGAGGAUAGGAACUAAAAUCAUGUCUACAAAUAGAAGGGGUGAGGUUUUUCCACCCCUCUAUAAAUUUUGUCAUGUUUACUUUACCAUUGAUUGAUCCUUGAUUUGUAAUGUAGUAACAUUCAAAUAACAUAGGAAUGCAAUUUGUUCCUAAUUCA